AUGACGGGUUCCUUUGUGGAUCGGGCUGAAGAGGAUGGCACAGAGACAGGAAGGUAUCAGGAUGGAGUCCGGGUUCACAUCGAGGACUCCUUCAAAGCCAGUCCAAACACAGACGAGGUGAGCGAGGUGUUCACUCUUCCUCUGGAGUUUUUCACUAAAGAGGCGGAUCACUCCAGCUAUCCUGUGCCCAGCGUCUUCGGCCCAACCCAUAGUUUCAUGUACACUGACCCCAGCACAGGCAACAUCCAUCAGAUCUGGGGUCUGACCGCUGCUCUGGCCAUAACCGUCGCUGUGCUGGCCCUCGGAAAGAAGCCUGAGUUUGAGGUCUGCUUUAACUUGGAAAAUCCCGUUUCUGGGUUUAAAGACAUGCUGAAUCGCAGAUUAAGCAAAUUAUGAAAGACGUUUCAGAUUCAGUGUUUUUGAUCACAC